AUGGACCAUAACCAUCAACACCUCAACCUCAUUCACUUCCCCGGGCAAAACCUUCACUACCAUCGGCAUCCACCGCAAGCAUCACCAUCACCGUCCCUCCAGCAAUGCUCAACACCAACCGAUACCCUUCGGAGGAUCCUCCUCCGAGUAGACACAGCUACUACCACCGUCACCAUCCCACCGGCCACUCACGAUUUCACACCAGCAGAGGCAGCUUCGACUACAAGCUCUCCAGCCUCCCCCAUCAAGUCAACAACCACAUCAAUGACCAACCCGACCGCCAUCAUCUCAACCCCUAUCUCAGCCACUGUCAACACCGGCCCCAGGAUCAACACCUCCCGAUCCACCUCCCACCCCACCACCGCCUCCCGCAACGAAAUCACCCUCCUAGCCCUCGGCAUCUUCAUCCUAGUGGCCCAACUAGCGUUGAUAAUCUGGGUCGGCAAUUGUCCGAGGGAGUUGGAUGGACUUCAGUUGGAUGGACGGGGGAGUCAUGGACAUGGACAUAAGGGGAAGAAGUGUUUGUGGAAGGAGGCUUUUGGGGAAGAAGACCCGACGAGUCCGACGAGCCCGGGGAGUUGGAGGGAGAGGAGUAGAACUAGGGCUAGGGGGUUGAGGGGUGGGGAGGACGUAGAGGGGGAGGAAGAGGGUGAAAGGGAAGAUGGGGAAGGGGUAGAUGGGCUGGAGGGUUCUUCUGGGUCUGGUUCUGGGACUGGGACUGGAUCGGGGUUGGAUGAAGAAGAUUUGAGGGAGAAUGAGGAUGCGGAUGAAGGUGUUGGUGAGGGUAUACGCAGCCGGGGUAACUCUGCUGUCAUUGCUGGCGCGCACGAGCUGGUGGAGAGGGUGAGGAAGAGAAGUAAUAGCUUGGGGACGUUGUUCAAGAGGAUAGGGGCAGGAAAAGGGGAGCAUGUCGAGGAGGUACCUGAAGACCAGCAGGAGACAGCAACGAGAAAGAGAAGCAAUACUUUCACAAUGGGGUUGGUGAGGGGGAUUAAUACAGGCGGUGCUGGCGAGGCUGGCCUCAGAGAACGCAAGGGGUCUGCUGCCACGACCACUGCCAGGGAAGGGGAUGUUGAGAUGGGCGUUGGAAAGACGAGUGGGCUGAAUACAGAUUUUGGAGGGAAGUUUGAUGGGAUUGAGGAGCGUGAUGAUGGUGGUGGUAGUGAGAGGAGGCGUGGAUCUUGGGUGCAGGUUCUCAGAGGUUAUUCUGGGUUGGGAAACCAGAACGGAGUGCAGGACCCGGAGAAAGGAGGCUAUUGGUGUUAA